AAAAAACCUAUUAAAAAACCCCCAGAGAUUCUUCUUCGAGGCAUGCCACCUCUCUGGGUCCCAAGACCCUUCAUUAAGGUAGGCCCUCGAUAGAACAGAGGGCCACUCCUGCGAGGCGGGGGAACCUCGCAGCCGUAAGAGCUCAAGCGCCGAGUAACUCAUAGUAAGUUCAGGUAGCAACGGAAGAGAAGGGUAUCCCGAGCCAGGAGUUCACUACAGGUGUAAUAAAACCGACCCCCUGUCCGUAUAAGAUGUUUUCAAACGGGGAUCAAACUGUCCGAAGUCCGCUGAUGGAAUUAGCGGACCGGUACACCGCUGCCAGGCGAACACCAUAAGGAACGACCAUGUUUAAAGUUAACUACGUCAGACAGUUAACAAUCAUGUCUGCAAUGCCGCUGAUGACAGAAAUAGCGGCCAUUAUCGUUAACUUAAGUCAGCCAUAAAACUAGGCCUUUAAGGCCUGGGAUGGUAAAAGGCCGUCCAAAGUCGUUCACAGUCAGAUGAUACUCCCGCUGAUGUCCUUCGCGGUGAGGUGAACGCCGAGAGCCAAAAAACCGUCCAAGCCGCCAAGCCCUGCCGAUGUCGGGGCCAAUGUCUAAGCCAGUGUCCAGGCUCAAGACAGAGCCAAUGUCCAGGCUCAUGACCAGGUCGAUGGUAUUAGAUCUCAAAUCCAGCGGAAAAAUUCCAGCCGCCGAUGGUACUUGCGGCAAAACGACAAUCUGGCAAUCCGGCAAUCCGGGAGGCCGACAGGCCGGAAAUCAGCAGGCCGGCAGGCCCGCAAGCCAGCAGGGCUGGCAAGGCCGGCUGUCCAUCUCCGGGGAGCGCCAAACCGCACCCCCCCGAAAUGAGCGCCACUGUCCCUUUCCCGCGAGCCGGCAAGCCCACAGGCCCGCAAGUCAGCAGUCCGGCCAGCCAGCAGAUCGAAAAGCCAGCUGGCCGCCAAAUCUUCAGGGAGCGCCGUUCCGCACCCCCCAAGAUGGCCACUGCCGUCCGCUGCCCAGUCAUGCCUCCCGAAUCAUCCACGCCGAAAACCAACAGGCCGGCAGGCCCGCAAGCCAGCGGGGCCGGCAAGGCCGGCUGUCCAUCACCGGGGAGCGCCAGACCGCACCCCCCGAAAUGAACAGAAGUUGUUCUUCUGUAGCUCAAAACAUCAUCGACCACUUAUUAUGUGACCCUGGACCAAUUCUAUCCUUGGCAUGUCAACCCUUAGGAAAGGUUCCUUCUAUUUGUCAAGUGUUUAUGAACACCGUGUUUGCAGACAACUUCAUCUUUGUUGUGCUUUCUUACAGCAUGGUGAUUCUCACACGGAUGUAAAAAUCUAGCCAAGAGAGCCGAAGGAACACUUUCGCCACCAUCUUGUUCCACCUAGUGGUGGUCACUUUUCUAUGGGUCAGUUAGCAGGGGUUUACUUAACUUCUGGAGAAGAAAGUCAAUCAGGUAUCAACAAAUUAGCAACCAUCUACACCGGCUUUGCUGUCUGAGGAAUUCUGGGAGUUGAAGUCCACAAGUCUUAAAGUUGUCAAGGUUGGAGACCCCUGGUC